GAAACACAAACACGAGAGCCAAAAGGAAACAUCCGUGCAAUAAAAAUGCGCAUAUUUUGGAUCCUCCAAUGUCAAGAAGAAUUUCAUUGUCCUAACCCAAUUUCAACACGUCUCUCUCUCUCUCUCUCUCUCUCCUCUUUCUCUCUCUAGAAAAUCUCCACUCCAUACACAGUCCAAUUGACACUCCAGACGAAAAAUCCGGAGAAAGAGAGAAUCUAAUCUAAUGGUAGUCCUGAAAGCAGGGAGCAGACCGCCGUGGGUGGGGUUAGGCGCCGCCGUUUGGGUGCAAAUCGCCGCCGGAAACGCCUACACUUUCCCUCUCUACUCUCCGUCGCUGAAAUCAGUUCUCGGCUUCAAUCAGCAGCAGCUCACCAUCCUCGGAGUGGCCAAUGAUAUCGGAGAGAAUGUCGGAAUUCUUCCCGGAAUCGCCUGUAAUAAGUUCCCUCCUUGGGCUGUUCUCCUCGUCGGCGUUUGUGCUUCUUUCUUCGGUUACGGCGUUCUUUGGCUCGCCGUUAGCCAGUCCGUUCAAUCAAUUCCAUAUUGGCUCUUAUGGUUAGCACUAUGCAUCGGCACAAACAGCAGCGCAUGGCUCGGUACAGCUGUCCUCGUCACAAACAUGAAGAACUUUCCGGUCAGCCGAGGGACAGUCGCCGGAAUACUCAAAGGCUACGUCGGCUUGAGCGCCGCCGUUUUCACGGAGGUCUACACGAUGGUCCUUAGCGGCUCAGCCUCGAAGCACCUCCUCCUCCUUACCCUAGGAAUCCCGAUUAUAGGCCUUGUAAUGAUGUACUUUGUCCGCCCGUGUACGCCAGCUUCCGGUGAAGACUCGACGGAAAACGGCCACUUUCUCUUCAUCCAAAUCGCCAGCCUCACGCUCGCGGUCUAUCUCCUCGUGACGACUAUAUUAAAAGACUAUUUUGCCCUCGGAGACAAUAUCUCGUACGUGUUUAUUGCGGUUAUGGUUGUUCUCUUGAUGGCUCCGUUAGUUAUCCCGUUGAAGAUGACUUUGUUCCCCGCGAAUAUCAAGAAGCUUCCGGAAGGUUCGGAUGAAACGGAGCCACUUAUGACACCGUCUUCGUCGUUGACUAAUCUCGGGAGCUACUACGAAUCCGAGGAUGUUUCGGAGGUGGAUUUGCUGCUUGCUGUCGGAGAAGGGGCGGUAGGGGAGGUGAAGAAGAAGAGGAAACCGAGGAGAGGGGAGGAUUUUAAGUUUCGUGAGGCGGUUGUGAAAGCCGAUUUUUGGCUUUUGUGGUUCGUUUAUUUUCUUGGAGUUGGUUCGGGUGUGACGGUGCUUAAUAAUUUGGCUCAGAUUGGUGUUUCGCUCGGUGUGGACGACACCACGAUUUUGUUGAGCUUGUUCAGCUUUUGCAAUUUCUUGGGCAGGCUCGGCGCCGGAGCUGUUUCCGAACACUUAGUGAGGUCGACAAAAACCAUCCCUCGAACAUUUUUAAUGUCCGUAACACAGCUAAUAAUGAUCCUAAUAUUUCUCCUAUACGCCUCCGCCCUAAGCAGCGUCACGCUCUACGCCGCAACGGGGUUGCUCGGAGUUUGCUACGGCGUACAGUUCGCCGUAAUGAUUCCAACGGCCUCCGAGCUCUUCGGGUUAAGACACUUUGGCAUAAUCUUCAACUUCAUGCAAUUAGGAAAUCCCGUCGGCGCCCUUCUCUUCUCCGCCCUGCUGGCAGGCCAGGUGUACGACUCCGAGGCUGCCAAGCAGACGGGCCCCAACUGCAUGGGCCCGAAUUGCUUCCGGGCCACGUUUCUUGUCUUGGCGGGUGUUUGUGGGCUGGGAAGUUUGUUGAGCGUGGUUCUUACGAUAAGGAUAAGGCCAGUUUAUCAGAUGCUUUAUGCAGGUGGAUCUUUUCGUUUGCCUCAAAGCUCUUCCGGUCAUUGAUUAUUCCGGAAGUUUCUUUUGUGGGUCGCGGUUUUUUAUAAUUAUUAUUGAGGUAAAAGGCUUAAUUUUUUCUAAUAUGCCUAAUGCCGAUUGUUGUAUGAGAAAUAAAUGUGUUUUAGAUAAUCUAAUAAUUGAUUUUACUGUUUAAAUCGUUGUGUAAUGGUAUGUAACUUAAAAGAUCGUUCGACUGUAUGAUCCGAUCGAGCGAGAAUUCGAAUAAAUUAUCAAAUAUAAUUCGGCAGAGGCCUUUGUUUUCUA